AUGGCACACGCCUUUCUGCGUGAGGAAGCACAAGCACCAGAACGACCAGAGAAGAAGAUGGGAGGGUCCAGACCCAGAGACGAGGACGAUGACAGUGCUGAGGUGAUCUUUGUUGGAGUGGAGCAUGUCAAUGAAGAUGCUGAAACCCUCUUUGUCAGAGUGAUUUCAAAUUCAAAGCCGGUCAUUUCUAACAUUUUGAACAGAGUGACCAGGGACUCAUCCUCAACAAGAAAGAAGGGUCACGUGAGUCAAGAUACGACUUACACAUUGCAGCCUUCAAAUUGCAGGACCCCGAUGUCAAAGGCAGCAGCCAUUUCACCGGCUUUUCAAUCUGAAUGGGGAGACGCAGAUAGUCCUAUUAUUUUUGAGCCUUCGUCUAAACCUGAUUAUAAAAUGAGCUCUCUGCAAGUCGUGCUUCACAAUUCCUCAGAGUUGCUCUCUCCAUGGCCUCAUUGUCUACCUGGAGCUGCAUUCUCGGUAGGAGGCAAGGAUAAAAGUCCUCGUGAUUCAAAGCGACGUCCCACUUCAGAUAUGGAUAUAUACAGUGGGAAUCCCAAAAGACCUAAAGUCAGCCAUGGAAUCCCAGGGGGACAGGCCUUAGCUGUGGCCUCUCCAGGUAUCCUUCCUACAAAGAACACGAGUAUGACCCCGGAAGGUGUCCCGACCUCGUCAAGCCAUGUUCACAAUGGGGCAUCAUUUCCAUGGGCUCAUGCAUAUAACCAGGCACGUUACCAUGUUAUGGAUCCAGAUGGAGCACGUAGCUUGGAAAGGCUGGCAAAAACAGACUAUUCGAGUCUAGCAACUCAAAACAAGACUGUUGAUCCCAAGAAAGGAAAUCUGAUCAUGUUACUUGAUGAUUUUUACUACGGACGGCAUCCAGGAGACAGGCAGCCAGAAUGGAAGACGCACGCAGCCUUCAAAUGCCUCAGCUGCUUGAAAGUCCUAAAAAAUAUCAAGUUUAUGACCCACGUGAAGAACCAUUUGGAAUUUGAGAAGCAGAGGGAUGACGGCUGGGAAAUCCACACCACCUGCCGGCACUGCCACCGCCAGUUUCCCACCCCCUUCCAGCUGCAGUGUCACAUUGAAAGUGUCCACACUUCCCAGGAGCCCUCUGUGGUCUGUAAAAUCUGUGAAUUGUCCUUCGAAACAGAUCAGGUUCUCUUACAGCACAUGAAGGUCAAUCAUAAACCUGGCGAAAUGCCCUAUGUGUGCCAGGUUUGCAAUUACAGAUCGUCAGCCUUUGCUGAUGUGGAAGCACAUUUCAGAACAUGGCAUGAAAACACAAACAGUUUGCUUUGUCUGUUUUGCCUCAAAAUUUUCAAAGUGACGACAUCCUACGUAAAUCAUGCUUGGAGGCACUGGAACAAGAGGGUCUUUCAAUGUUCCAAGUGCCGGCUACAGUUUUUGACUUUGAAGGAGAAAAUGGAGCACCAAACCAAGAAUCAUCAACCAUUUAAAAAACCAGAGCAACUGGAAGGGCUGCCUCCUGAAACAGAGGUCAAGAUCCAAACUUCAGUUCAACCAGGACCAAGAGAGGCAGCAUCCAUGGUUGUGACCAGCACUGAAUCCCGAGUGUCACCUGAAAAAACUACCAAGAGGGUGGCUAUGAACACGAGAUAUUCCAGACGUAUUGCAGCAGGGGUUAUGGCUAAAAAUUAUUUCUACCCACCUCCAGAAAUCCCAAAAAGCUGA